AUGGAAGGGGCCAACCAGUCAAGGUUCAAAAGAAUUUGUGUCUUCUGUGGAACCAGCUCCGGGAAGAAAGCCAGUUAUCAGGAGGCAGCUGCUGAGCUGGGCAAAGAAAUGGUGGAGAGAGGCAUUGAUUUGGUGUAUGGGGGCGGCAGCUUGGGAUUGAUGGGGCUUCUCUCGCGGGUUGUGCAUGAUGGAGGGCGCCACGUUUUAGGAGUUAUCCUCAAGGCCUUGAUGCCAGAAGAGGUAUGUGGGGAGACGGUGGGAGAAUUGAGGGUUGUGACGAACUUGCACGAAAGGAAAGCAGAGAUGGCGCGUCAAGCCGAUGCCUUCAUUGCACUGCCUGGUGGCUACGGCACCUUAGAGGAGCUUCUUGAAGUAAUCUGCUGGGCGCAACUCGGUAUCCAUACUAAGCCAGUGGGGCUUCUGAACGUGGACGGCUACUACAGUUGCUUGCUCUCAUUCAUCGACAAAGCAUUACUGGGCGAGGGCUUCAUCUCCGGAGCAGCACGUCGCAUAAUCGUCUCUGCACCAACCGCCAAUGAACUAGUGAAGAAGCUUGAGGAGUACGUUCCUCAACACGAUGACUUUGUGUCGAAAUUGAAAUGGGAGAACGAGCCAUUCGACCGGCCCGGCGUCGCACAGUAA